GGGGGGCGGUGUCGCUAUCAGCCCGGUGCGCGCGGCGGAGCCGGGGACCAUGGAGCCAGAGCCGCAGCCCCGGGCCGGCGCGCCCCCUGCGGCGCUGUCCGAGCCCCGCGAGCAGGCGCGGAAGCUGGAGCAGGAGAAGCUGUCGGGGGUGGUGAAGAGCGUGCACCGGCGGCUGCGCAGGAAGUACCGGGAAGUGGGAGACUUUGAAAAGAUCUGGCGAGAACACUGUGAGGAUGAAGAAACGCUCUGUGAAUAUGCUGUAGCAAUGAAAAACCUUGCAGAUAAACACUGGGCAAAAACUUAUGAAGGGGAAGGCCGAAUUGAAUGGUGUUGCAGCGUGUGCAGAGAAUAUUUUCAAAAUGGUGGAAAAAAGAAGGCACUUGAAAAAGAUGAGAAAAGAGCACUUCUUGCCUCUAAGACCCCAGCAGCCUUUAACGUUCACCAGACUCCUAAAACUGAAGAUCCGUUGCCCAACUUCAGCUUCACAAAUCAUGAAGCCAUAACAGAAGAAUUGCUCUACCCCUCAGGAAAGAUCAGAUUGCUUGAUGUUGGCAGCUGCUUUAAUCCAUUUCUAAAGUUUGAAGAAUUUUUGACUGUUGGUAUAGACAUUGUCCCAGCUGUUGAGAGUGUAUACAAAUGUGACUUCCUAAAUCUUCAGAUUCAGCAACCUCUCCAGUUGGCACAAGAUGCUAUAGAUGCCUUUCUUAAACAGCUGAAAAAUCCUAUUGAUUCUCUACCUGGAGAACUCUUCCAUGUGGUGGUUUUCUCACUUCUCCUUUCAUACUUUCCAUCACCUUAUCAACGAUGGAUAUGCUGCAAGAAGGCCCAUGAACUUCUGGUGCUGAAUGGCUUGUUGCUUAUUAUCACUCCUGACUCCUCCCACCAGAAUCGCCAUGCUAUGAUGAUGAAAAGCUGGAAAAUUGCCAUAGAAUCACUGGGUUUUAAACGUCUCAAGUAUUCAAAGUUUUCUCAUAUGCACCUAAUGGCAUUUAGGAAAACUUCCCUGCAAACAACAAGUGACUUAGUUAGCAGGAACUAUCCAGGGAUGCUGUAUAUUCCACAGGAUUUCAACAGUGUAGAGGAGGAAGAAUAUUCUAACACUUCCUGUUAUGUCCGAUCAGACACAGAAGAUGAACAAAUAGCUUACGGUUUCAUGGAGCUUCCUGAAGCCCCUUAUGACUCAGACUCUGGAGAAAGCCAGGCUAGUUCUAUCCCUUUCUAUGAGCUAGAAGAUCCUAUAUUACUUCUAAGUUAAUAUAACAUUUGAAAUGCCCUUUAAGUCAAAACUUUAUCAUUUAACUAAUUUCGCUAUACUAACAUGGGCUCAGUACAUAAAAAUGGUUUGCAUAGAUAAAAUGCAACGGUUUACAGAGUUUGCUAUUUUUUUCUAUCUUGAAUUUUAAAAUUUAUUCUUGUAUAAAGGUGAAGAAUACAAGUUUUAUGCAAAUGACUUGUCAUAGCAUAAAUUCUUGUUACGUUCUUUAGGAUUUGUAUCACUAAAUUUUUCCAGAAAGGUACCAUUCUUUUCUUCAGUGCUGUGAAGUGUGUGAAUUCUAUUUAAUUUGCUAAAUGUCUUGUUUUGCUAUUUUAAAUGCUUAUUACAGUUGAAGCUUAAGACACUGGAGUUGGUGGACUCAGUGUAUGUAGGAAGGAAAUAAUUUGCACUUUGAUAGUUAAAUGUGCAGAUAGUUCGGAGUAAGAUGUUGGGUUAAAUUUGUCCUUUUUUCUCUUUAACUGAACAAAGCAUUUGCAGAAAGCUGUUUCAUUCCGGUUAAGCUUGGGCUGAAGAAACUAAUACUUAUACAUCUGGCUUUACUUAUGUUGCACUUUCUACAAGUUUGAGGUAAUGGCAAAAUGCAGGGGGACAUUUUCUUCUCAAUAUGCAUUGUAAUGUCUAAUUGCAUAAAGAGAGGUUAGGCAGACAUGCUGACUAGAGACUACCCCAACAAAAAACUAUGGUAGAUCUAGACAAUCUUUUUAUCACUUCAUUUGGAAAGUUUGGGUAAUUUUAUGGUUUUGGUAGCACUAACAUAGCAGUAUUGCCCAUAUUGCAUAUUCCACUCCCCAACCCCCUUGGAAAUCAUCUUUGCAUAAUAUUUUAGAGUAAAAAAUUGAAGGUGAAAAAGAUCAGUUGUAUUAUUUUUUUUAAAUCUUUUACAGAUCUUAUUUGCAGAAUUCCCAAAUUGCAUAGUUAUGACAGCUGGCUGACUUUUAUAAAUGGUGAGGCCUAAUUCUACGGCUACCUAAGGAAAUAUGCACACUUAUUUGAGUAGUCACUUUGACCACUCACUUGAGUUCCGUUAUACAUAGCCUUAAGUGUUUGCAAGAUUGAGGCUUUAUGUAGUAAAUAUAGCAUUUUGUUAAAAAAAUUUAAUUAUAGUCAAAAAGUUGCUUUCAAAUUAAGCAGCUGAGAGAAAAAUCUGCUCUGUAAACAUGCUGAAAUAAACUGUAUAAAUCCAUAAGAAAUCUGUACCUUGCAGACAAAUACUAUUUAGAGGUGGAAACAGAUGCUCGGUUUAUAAGUACUGGGGGGAGGGGUGUUUUGUUUUGUUUUUCCCUUCAGUUUUUUUGUUUUGCUUUUUUAACAUUCUUCCUCUUGGCAAAACUUAGACCUGGAUGCCCAAAGUUUGGGUCUUCAAUAUUUUGGGGUACCUAAAAAAGCGACACAAAUUAGAUGCCAAAAUGUGGAUUUAAUAUCCUAAGAAAGAACACGCAUUGAAAAAUGUGGUCCAGAAGUCCUAGGUAGGAAAGUAUUAGUUUCCUAAUGAUUACAAUAAAAACUUCAUAGGUCAUGUUAUCAAACUGUAGUCUUGUAUUCAUCGGCCACAAAUUAGUGGGUAAACCUUUUCUAAUAUGGAUUCUUCAAGUGGUUCUUUUAAAGACAAUACUUAAGUUUCCACUGGAAUUUCACAAUUUGCUGUAGUUGUUUUUUCUUUUUAAAGACUGUAUAUUCUAGAUAGCUGAUCCUAUUUACACUAAUAUUUUCACAAACUAUAUUAAGUUUGUUUAACAUAAGCUUGUUGUACCUUUUGCACAUCACAUAA